GACGACGUUGGCAUAUAACGACGGCCAAAAACGGUAUUUGUUUGUUUUCUUAAGUGUGUGUGUGUUUUUUAUGGAAAUGAAAUGCUUUAAGAAUUGAGAAAAUUUAUGCAAAAAUUUAAUUGUUCUUUAAACAAUUUGAAAAAAAAAAAAAAUAGAUUGGCUGUUUAAUUAAUUAGAAAAAAAAUAUUACUAUAAAACAAACCCCUUGGUGUUUCUAGGCGCUACAGCUCCAUUCAGUGAUAAACGUGUCGAGUUGUAGUCGAGUCCAAAAAGUGUUGGUUUUGGGAACAAGAAGAAAAAUAUAUCGUGUAUCUACACACCAGCAAACGGUUGUACAAAACUCGCGUUACGGUUGGAAACAAAAACAAAAAAAAAACGAAAAUUUACGGAUCCUUAAAAAUCAAACAUCGUGUGUACAAAAGAAUCGAAAAAAGAUAAAACUCAAGUAGAAAAUUAAUAACGAAUGAAACAAAACUCAUCUAGAGCAUCUCUCACAUAAAAAAUAAUUGAAAUUUUCCACAAAAAAACAACAACAACAAUAAGUUUUCCUUUACAACAUCGGUAUAUAGUCGGUGCAUUUAACAUUCGUUGUAAAAAAUUUGAAAAUUUUCAUAGUUGCGGGUUUUCCUAUCUACCUAAAUACACACUUACACUCAUACACACACCAAAAAAAAAACACAAUUUUUGAAAAUUAUUGUUUGUAGAUUGUGUGUGUGCGUUUUUUCCCCGUUAUAGAAAAAACCCAAAAUAUUACCCCUGAAUAAAAAGUGAAAUUUAUUUAACAAAAAUUAAAGAAAAGCCGAAAAAAAAUGUUUCCUGAAAAUUGUAAUAAAGUAAAAGUUAAUGUUAAAGAAAAUUAUUAUUAUAGUGUAAUCUAAAGGAAAGAAGAGAAUAUUUUCCCCUCAAAAAAAUCAUAAUAAAAGAAUAAUAAUCAAAAUAUAUGCUUCAUUAAGUGUUUCAAAGUAUAAAGUAAAAAAUAUAUAAAUUUUGAAAUUAUUAAUAUCUGUAUAAAAAAGAAUCUUAUUAAUAAAGAAAUAUUCUUUAAAAUAAAAAUUUUUGUGAAAAAUUAUAAAGAAAAUUCCCCCCCCCCAAAAAAAAAAACUAAUUUGAAAAAAUUUCUUAAGAAAAUAAAACUUUUUAUAUAAAAUUUCUCGGAUUUUGUGGAUAUUAAAUACUUGACUUUAAAUACAGCAGGAUAAAGGAUUAAUAAAGAUUUUAUCGCUGACUAGAGAAAAUCAACAGGAUUUUAGAAAUUGAAGGACUCUUAAGACAACAGCUUUUAUUUUGAAAUGAAAUAUUCAUAAAAAAACAAUAAUUGUUGCAACUAAAUUUGAACACGUACAACACUAAAGCUGCAAGCGUCAACGUGACAAUAUUUGCCAACAUUUCUAUUGAAGAAAGCAAGACAGACAGACACCCAUGCCAGGAAUAUAUACACGAUUUUUUACAACUUAAUAUUAGUUUUCUACAAACAUAUAAAUGCAAAAAACAUAAAUAAUAACAACUAAAUAACAAAUAGAGCAACAUUAUUGUGUAACAGAAAAAAAUAAGAAAACUAUAAUUUUUGGGAAAGAAAAAUAAAAAAAAUAAACUUUUUUUCGUUGCUAUACAAAAAGAAAAGGAUAAAAUAAAAACACAGUAGUAGCAAGUGAUAAAUUGCCCUGAACGUAACAAGACGCUCAUAAAAACUUCAACUUUAAGCAUUUUAUGGUGAAUGUCCUUUUUGUUGGUUUUGCACUUCUACGACAAACAGUAUAUACUUUGGCAGCUGGAGGGGAACACUUAACAAUUUCAACAUCGUUUCCUAAGUGCACAGACAUUCUCUACGAGACAUAUAGAGAGAGAAAAUAGAAAAAGGCGACGACGAGAAGUAUCCAACUACUACGUGGUGUCGCUAAAGCACUUGAGAAAAACAAGGACUAAGAAUUCCUUUUGCCACUUUUUAGUGGAGCUCUAAAGGAAAAACGACAACGACAUAGCUGUUGUUGUUUUUUUGUUGGUGUUAAAGGAUCAAGUGCAAGGUUAUAUUACAUUUCCAAAUAGCAAUAGCAUUGUACUUGACACUCAAUGUUAUAGUUUCCUUGCAACACAACAAAAUAAUAUACAAUACAAAACAAAACAAAGAAAAAGCAAGAAAACUUCUCUCUAUUAAAAAAGUAAAAGAAGUAAUAAAAUUUUUUAAGCAUCGUGUUUUGAAUUGAGUGCAAAACAUGAAAGCAGCAUAAACUUUUACUCCCUUACCCGCCUAAAAGUAUGCAAUUUUUUAACUAUAAACAUAACUGCCACUAAAUAUACUACACGGAAAAUUUGUCUUUUUCUUGUCAAAUACAACAAAAAAAUAAUAUUGACAUUUUAUGUUUAAUACAUGUGUUAAGGAAAAUGUUAUAAAUAUGACAUCCUCGCUAAGCAGUUCUUGUACUAAGAGCUGCCAACCCCGCUCACAUCAUCACAGUUAUCAUCUAAGUAGUACAAUAAUACAUCAACGACAGUCCUGGUUUAAUAUCGAUGUACAAAGAAUGCUGAAUCUGAGAGUUAAUAAUGGAAUAUUUUUAAGUUUUUAUCUAACAUUGCUGAUAACGAUCUCAUUACAAGGAGUUAAAGCUCAAUAUCAAUCACCGCGUAUAAUUGAACAUCCAACGGAUUUGGUGGUUAAGAAGAAUGAACCUGCUACAUUGAAUUGUAAAGUUGAGGGUAAACCCGAACCGACUAUUGAGGAUGGUGAACCGGUAAAUACAAACGACAAAAAAACACAUCGUGUGCUGUUUAAAGAUGGUGCUUUGUUCUUCUAUCGCACCAUGCAAAGUAAAAAGGAACAAGACAGCGGUGUCUACUGGUGUGUGGCCAAAAAUCAUGUUGGCAAAGCUGUAAGCAGACAUGCCACACUGCAAAUUGCGGUUUUGCGUGAUGAUUUUCGAGCCCAACCCAAGGAUACACGUGUGGCUAAAGGUGAAACGGCAUUGUUGGAAUGUGGUCCACCCAAGGGUAUACCCGAACCAACGCUCAUAUGGAUGAAGGAUGGUGUUCCUUUGGAUGAUUUAAAAACGAAAUCUUAUGGAACCACAUCACGUAUACGCAUUGUUGAUGGUGGUAAUUUAUUGAUAAGCAAUGUCGAACCAAUUGACGAGGGCAACUACAAGUGUAUCGCUCAGAAUAUUGUUGGCACUCGUGAGUCCAGUUAUGCUAAACUAAUUGUUCAAGUUAAACCCUAUUUUAUGAAAGAACCACAGGAUCUAACCAUGUUGUCUGGUCAAACGGCCACGUUUCAUUGUUCAGUGGGUGGGGAUCCACCACCAAAGAUUUUAUGGAAAAAAGAAGAAGGCAAUAUACCAGUGUCACGAGCUCGCAUCCAACAUGAUGACAAAAGUUUAGAAAUCACAAAUAUAAUACCUGAGGAUGAGGGCACUUAUGUGUGUGAGGCUCACAAUAAUGUGGGACAAAUUAGUGCGAGGGCAUCGCUGACAGUUCAUGCACCACCCACUUUCAUAGUCAAGCCACAAGAUAGAAAAAUUGGUCUAAAUGGUGUGGCGCAAUUUCCCUGUGUUGCCGAUGGCAAUCCACCACCUUCGGUAUUCUGGACGAAAGAAGGCUCAAGUACUUUGAUGUUUCCCAACAACUCGUAUGGUCAUUUACAUGUCACGGUCGAGGGAACAUUGCAAAUUAAUGGUGUGCAAAAAGAUGAUGCCGGUUACUAUGUGUGCUCAGCCUUUAGUGUUGUUGACUCGACAACAAUACGAGCAUUUUUACAGGUAACGUCUGUCGAUGAUACUCCCCCGCCCAUUAUACAAAUUGGUCCUUCGAACCAGACCUUGCCGAAAGGCAGCGUUGCCAUGUUACCCUGUCGUGCUUCUGGCCAUCCUACACCUCGUGUCAAAUGGUAUAGAGAUGGCACAACAUUACAGAGUGGUAAUCGUUAUACCAUUGUACAGGGCGGUUCUUUACGAAUAGAUGAUUUGCAAUUAAGUGACUCUGCCCUGUAUACCUGUACGGCUUCUUCGGAAAGUGGUGAAACCUCUUGGUCCGCUACGCUAACG